CCCCAGGCCCGUCGCCCCCCCCCUCCCCUCCCCCCGCCGCCGCCCUCCCCCUCGCAAUGGCGAAGACGGGCAGGAAGGGAUGCAGCUGCCCGGGCUUCCUGAGGAAGAACUGGCUCCUGCUCAGCACGGUGGCCGCCGUGCUGAUGGGUAUUGGAGUUGGCAUGCUGGUACGGGAAUAUGGCAAACUGUCUAACCUGGAUAAAUUCUACUUUUCCUUUCCUGGGGAAGUGCUGAUGAGAAUGCUCAAACUCAUCAUCCUGCCGUUAAUCAUAUCAAGUAUGAUCACAGGUGUUGCUGCUUUGGAUUCCAGCGUUUCUGGGAAGAUUGGUUUGCGAGCAGUCAUAUAUUAUUUCUGCACUACAGUCAUUGCUGUAAUACUAGGGAUUGUCUUAGUUGUGACCAUUAAACCCGGAGUGCCUCAAACAGCAAAUGAGAUCGACAGAGUGGGCAGUACCCCAGAAGUCAAUACUGUUGAUGCCAUGCUGGAUCUGAUCAGGAAUAUGUUCCCAGAAAACCUUGUCCAGGCCUGUUUUCAACAGUAUAAAACCAAACGUGAAAAAGUUGAAGCUACAACUGGCGUGGAUAAAAAUAGCUCCGCAUUUACAGAAGAACCUGUUACAACUGCUACGACAGCAGAGGCUUCAGAGAACAAAACUCAAGAAUACAAAAUCGUGGGCAUGUAUUCCGACGGCAUCAAUGUGCUGGGGUUGAUCGUCUUUUGUCUUGUUUUUGGAAUGGUUAUUGGGAAAAUGGGAGAGAAAGGACAAGUGCUGGUGGAUUUUUUCAAUGCACUGAAUGAAGCCACAAUGAGAAUAGUUCAUAUAAUUAUGUGGUAUAUGCCAAUUGGUAUCGUGUUUUUAAUUGCUGGGAAGAUAAUAGAAGUUGAGGACUGGGAAAUCUUUCGGAAGCUCGGUCUUUAUAUGGCUACAGUACUAAGUGGACUUGCAAUCCAUUCCACUAUAAUUCUGCCACUGAUCUACUUAAUAAUAGUAAGGAAAAAUCCUUUUCGGUUUGCCAUGGGGAUGGCUCAGGCACUUCUGACAGCCCUCAUGAUUUCUUCCAGUUCAGCAACUUUGCCUGUCACCUUCCGCUGUGCGGAAGAAAAAAACUUCAUCGACAAAAGAAUUACCAGGUUCGUUCUUCCAGUUGGCGCUACCAUCAACAUGGACGGCACAGCUCUUUACGAAGCAGUAGCAGCUGUAUUUAUUGCACAACUGAAUGACUUAGAACUGGAUAUUGGCCAAAUAGUUACCAUUAGUGUCACAGCUACAGCAGCCAGCAUUGGGGCUGCAGGCGUCCCCCAAGCUGGACUUGUCACCAUGGUGAUUGUACUGAGCGCCGUCGGCCUGCCCGCUGAAGAUGUUACUCUGAUCAUUGCAGUUGACUGGCUUCUGGAUCGAUUCAGAACAAUGGUGAAUGUCUUGGGAGAUGCCUUUGGUACAGGGAUAGUGGAGAAGCUCUCUAAAAAGGAGCUGGAGCAGAUGGAUGUCACCUCUGAAGUCAACAUAGUCAAUCCUUUUGCCUUGGAAACAACAAUACUUGAUAAUGAUGAAACAGAGACCAAGAAAUCGUAUGUCAAUGGAGGCUUUGCCGUAGAUAAGUCUGACACCAUAUCCUUCACGCAGACAUCUCAGUUCUAAAGCCAGUAGCUUUCAGGUAAAACAGGAGCACUAAAGGAUAUGGCCAUAUGCAAUAUCUCAAAAAGCUUAAAGGAUAAUUGAGAAUGAAUUACAUCUCACAUGCAUUUGAUUUACUACACAGACUCUGAUUCUCUUUACCGGUUCUGCCCCCUUCUCAUCACCUCUUCCAACAAUUUGAACUCACGACUUUAGUCCUUGCUGAUAGGUUGAAGGAAAAGACAGUGGUAAAAUACU